UGUGCGAAACAUACAGUAACUCAAUGGUAAGGGAUCGUGGAAUUCAGUCAAUUUAGCAGAGGCCAAAUCUGAUUGGCUCUUUCCUCAUUCUCCAUCACGAGAUCCCGGAAGUUGCCCCGAGAUGAGUAGCUGUUUUCUGGAUGAGGAGACGUUCUGUCAGUGCUGUCAGCUUUUCCUCCAACACUCCCACUCCCUCUGUGACGGCUGGAGCUGGGAACAAGUGAAGGGUUCUGAGGAGGGCUACCUGAGGAAGACUGCACUGGGGACCGGCAGAACCAGAUGUAACCAGGACCAGCAAGGAACCAGUUCAGACCAGCACCAGGAGAGGACCUUCUCCCUCUCUUUCCAUAAUGAUGAUGAUGAUGAAGAUGAUGGCGCAGUGUGUUGUAUACAGGAGGAGAACAGUAGUAGCAGUGUCGUUCAGUAUGAAUACCAUAUCCUCUACUCCUGCAGCUACCAGACUCCUGUCCUCUACUUCAGAGCCUCAACCCUGGAGGGUAGGAGUUUGUGUCUCGAGGAGGUAUGGGACAGUGUUCAUCCUAACUACAGACAGAGACUACAGCACAGACCCUGGGACACCAUCACACAACAGGAACACCCGUUGCUAGGCCAGUCGUUCUUUGUGCUCCACCCCUGCAGGACAGAAGAGUUCAUGAAGCCUGUUCUAAAAGCUGCCCUGGAAGAACACCGACAGGUGAACUACAUUGUGACCUGGCUCAGUGUGGUGGGUCCUGUUGUGGGACUGGACGUUCCUCUGAGCUACUGUACACAGGUACCUGAACCCCCGCACACCCCCUCCAGCUCUCCCCAGCCCCCCUCCAGCUCUCCCCAGCCCCCCUCCAGCUCUCCCCAGCCCCCCUCCAGCUCUCCCCAGCCACCUUCCAGCUCUCCACAGCCCCCCUCCAGCUCUCCACAGCCCCCCUCCAGCUCUCCACAGCCCCCCUCCAGCUCUCCACAGCCCCCAGCCCUAGGGACAAAGCCAGGCUGA